AUGGAUAUCGAUGACAUUCUUGCUUCCGUCGAUCGUGACGAUGUCUCCGCGCCUGAAUCAACCGCCCUCGAUCACCAACUCCUCACACGCUUUUGGGUCAGCGAGCGUGCCGUUUCGGAGCUCUUACCAUGGCCAGGACCACUCAUGGACCGGAUGAUGGAUAGAGUCAGAAGACAGAUCGAAGCAAUCGAAGACCUAGCCGCCUCAGCCUCAGACCCAUUCUCAGCAUCAACAACCCCAGCAACACACAACCAAUCCCUAAACCUCAAGCUCUCCAUCCUCCAAACUGACCUCGCCCGCACCCAAUACCUCAUCCGCUCUUUACUCCGCCAGCGCCUCUCCAAAAUCACAAAACACAGCAUGCACUACCUCCUCCUCGUCUCCCCAUCCAACCCAGACUCCUCCAUGGCCUCGUCGCAACAAACAACGCAGCAACCAGAAGACUCAAUCCCGGACCCGGCGACUUCGACGAACCCGUCGCCGCUGUCGCCGCAGGAAGCGGCGUUCUUGCAUGCCCACCAGACGCUGUUGGCGGGCCACUACGGGGCGUCGUUUUUGAGUGCGUUUCCGCCGCAGUUGAGACGGUUGGAUGAUAAUGCCGGCGGGACGAGUAUGGUGCAGGGACCGGGGAUGAAGGAGGUCGUGUUUGUUAGGUGUUUGGUUGAGGAGGUUAGGGUCGUUGUGCCGCCUGGUGAUGGAGUUGAUGAGGAGAUGCAUGGGACUACGAUGCGCAUGGGUGAUGUUUGGGUUGUGAGGUGGGAGGGGAUUAGGUCGGCUUGGGAGAGGGGGGAUGUUGAGGUGCUUUAG